CACGACUGGUGAUAGUAACACAAACCCGUACUGAAAGAUAGAAAGAAAGAAAGGAAGAACAAUCUCCUCUUUACAUUUACGGUGUCACAACCUCUCUUUCUCUCUCUCUCUCUCUCUCAAGCAAUGGGCUUUUUUGUGGGAAGCUCUUGCUUUUUACACUCUCCCCUCUGCCAAUCUCGCUUUCUUUCUUCUUCUUCUUCUUCUUCUUCUUCUUCUCAACCCAUGUUCUUGUAUUCUUGCACAAGAAAUGCAGAGACAAAGAGGAAGAACAUUGCUCCAAUGGCUUCUAUGCACCAUGAGGACCCAAACCAAAGCGUUCACUUAAAGAGGAGGGCGAUUCUGUUUGUGGGUAUUACGGUUCUUCCCUUAUUGCAACUCAAGGCUAGAGCUCUUGAAGGUUUAGCAACAAAGGAAAGUGAGCUAAUGAAACCAGAGGAGAACCAAAACGGAGAGCAAGCAAUUCAAAGAGAUGCUCCACCAAAUCCCUUCCUAGCUCUGCUGAACGGACUUGCAGUAUUUGGUUCUGGUGUUUUUGGUGCGCUCUACGCUUUGGCUCAGAGAGAAAAGACAGCUUCUAAUGCAAUAAUAGAAUCUAUGAAGUCCCGACUGAAAGAAAAGGAAGCUGCUAUUGUUUCAUUAGAGAGAAACUUUGAAUCAAAGUUACUGAAGGAACAGGAAGAACGAACCAAGCAACUCAGAAAGACAAAGGAGGAGCAGCAGACCUUAUUGAGCCAACUAAAUGCGGCAAACAGGACGAUCACAGGUUUGGGACAGGAGCUGAAAAGUGAGAAAAGAUUGAUUGAGGAGCUUAAAGAUCAAAUUGACAGUCUUGAGAUCAACCUUUCAAAGGCUGGGGAUGAUAAAAAGGAACUUGAAGACAAUUUGAAGGAAAAGCUCGAUUCAAUUCAAGUCUUACAGGAAAGGAUCAAUUUGCUCAGCCUAGAGCUCAAGGAUAAAGAAGAUAAUAUUCAAAAUCUUAGCUCUUCUCUUGCUGAAAAGGAAUUAGAGUUGAACAACUUGAAUUUUACCUACAAGCAGACAAAGGACGAACUUGCUAAAGCUCAUUCAGAAAUACAAAGAAUGGAAGGUGAAUACCUAAAAAUUCAAAAAGAACUAGAAUCAAAAAAUUCUAUGUUGGAUGAAUUAAAUACAAGAGUAAGUUCUUUGACUUUUGAGAGAGAUGAUUAUAAGAGGAAAUUGGAUGUAAUUAAGGAGGAAUACAAUGAUCUAAAGUCAUCUUCUGAGAAGAAGGCAGCUUCGGAUGCUAAGCUUUUGGGAGAAAAAGAAGAGGAACUUAAGCGGCUAAAGCAGAAGCUUGAGCUUUCUCUAAAUGAAUUGAGUGAAAACCAAUCAAUAAUUGCUGAUUUGACCCAAGAAAGAGACAGUUUGAGGGGAACGCUGGACACAGAAUUGAACAAUGUAAAGCAGCUGAAACUUGAACUCCAGAACACACAAGAAACACUUGGAAAAUGUAGAAAUGAAGUUUCUGAUCUCACAAGUCAACUAAAACAGUCUAUAAAUCUGUGCUCAGAGCUUGAGAGUGAGAUCUCUAGGGUCCAGGCAGAGUUUAGUGAAGUGAGGGAAUCACUGCAGAGGAGUCUUGAUGAGGCAAAACUAACUAGUGAAGAUCUGGCUGGUGAGAUGACAGCAGUGAAGGAAGUUCUGAAGAAAACAAACGAGGAGCUACAAUUUGUGUCCCAUGAACUGACAACUACAGUGGAAGAUCGUGAUAGACUACAACAGGAAUUGGUUGGUGUCUAUAAAAAAGCAGAAAAUGCAGCCAAUGAUUUAAAAGAAGAAAAAAAUGUAGUUUCUUCUUUAAGCAAAGAACUACAGACUUUGGAGAAGCAAAUCUUGAAAGACAAAGAGGCUCGAAGAUCUCUUGAAACAGACCUGGAAGAGGCUACCAAAUCACUUGAUGAGAUGAACCGAAAUGUUUUUGUGCUUUCUAGAGAUCUAGAGAAGGCUAAUUCUCAAAUUUCUGACCUUGAAGAUGAAAAGGAGGUGCUUUACAAGUCUCUUACAGAGCAAAAGAAUGUAUCUAAAGAGGCCCAGGAUAACAUGGAAGAUGCUCAUAACCUUGUCAUGAGACUAGGGAAGGAAAGGGAGAGUUUGGAGAAGCGAGCAAAGAUGCUUGAGGAUGAAUUGGCAUCUGCCAAGGGUGAAAUAUUGCGGGCAAGGAGUCAAAUAAAUUCGUCAAAAGCUCAUGUAAAUAAUCAGCAACCACAGCAAGAAGAAGCUGAAGGCAAUGUCACAGUUACUGCAAAGAAAAAUGUUAGGAGGAGAAAGGCUAGUUCCCAAUGAGUUAGUGAACUAUCGUGAUUUCUGUAACCUUCCCCCAUGUUCAAAUGUUCUUGUAUCCUCAGAAAUGAGUUUUUUUGGGCUCUCUUCUUCUUUGACAUUUUUUUUGGUGCGAAACAAUUAUAUAUAUAACAAUGAGGGGUGAAAACUGAUUAAAGCAUGUAUGUUAGGAUUCUCAUUGAUGAGUUUUGUUUCCGUUGUAUGUUUUUAAAUGUAGAGUAUCAAUUCCUGUAAUUUUUUUGACU